AGAUCCAACAUAUAUUGAAAAUUUACACACACUUAUAUAACAUAUAUAUUCAAAUGUUUAACUUAAGAUUCCAAAGAUAAAGUUAGGCGAUCGUUAAAGGGGUACAUGCAGUGGUGAAGACAGAAAAUUCGAACGAUGGUGGGCUGAUUGAAUUGUCUGUAAUCGAGAGAGGGGCUGAAAUCUUACCGAUUAUUAUAAUUGCUAAAUUUGUGCAAAUUUUACAUAUGAUUUUACCCAUUUUUCAAAAUUGAGCGGGGCUACAGCCCUUCUAGCUCUACCACUGCGUAGAGCGUGUUCACUGAAAUUAUGUUUUCUUCCAAAAUUGUGACGCAAAAUAUUUCGUGAAACAUUCCGCGACGACAAACAUUUGUUGCAAAAUAUUCUCAAACAUGGAUAGAUAUUCGUCGCGAAAAAGUGCAGUUUCUACAGCUAAUUACUUGAGAGAGGAUCACGAUGCGGGAGAGCGGGGUAGUGCAGGUUUAGGCGACGGCGAUGGCGGCGGCGGCGGCCACAGGGUAGAGGGCAAAAGUGCAGAAGAGAGGAUCGAAGUUGAUUCCCCCAAACAGAAGCUGCUGUUCCAAGAACUCGCGAGUCAAGCGGACAGUAAAGGAGGUGGACCGGCCACCGUUGGCUGCUCGUUCGCAAUACCCUUCGAAUGCCCAAAACUUGAAGGGGUUCCCUGCCGCCACCUGCUCCAGGUCAUCUCUGCUAUUUAAAUAAAUCACUUGCAACAUCUCGAAACCGCCAUAGAAAUUUUCGUCGCUCAUCGGACCAUAAAACCCUCCACCCACGUCGAUGGAGAAAGAAAUUAGAGAGAGAUUCCCAGCGGUAACAGUAAUAAAACCCUAAUCGGAGUUUUGAUUUGCAUAUGGAGAAUCUAUUUUAUGGAACUAGCGGUAACUUGGAGAAGGGAUCAUGAAACAGGCACACAAUCGCCGAGGUUUACGGUGUAGAUAUCCUUGUCUUGCUCCCCAAGUUACCACCGAUUGCAUAGGAAUUGUAUCACGCAUUCACGCUCAAGUGAAACGACGUCGCCUUCGAAAAACGCCUCACUUAAAAUUUCCAAUGAACCGAAGCUAGUCAUGGGCCGGCUUAGAUCCAAAAGAGACCAUAACUAACGUGGGCCUUGUUUUAAUGGCCUGAGUGGGCCACAUUAUCAUUAUGUGAGCCAUGGCCAUGAGCUGUUUACAACAAGUCCAGCCUAUUAUUUAAUCACCAUGGGAAGUGGGAACAACUUUACUAUAAUAAUAAAAAAUUAGUUAUAGUAACAACCAAUUGCAUGAAUGAAUGUGAAUCCAUAUAUGAAUAUGAUCAAUGCUAACACAAGCUAUGUCUCCUGUCCCUACCCUAAAACCCCAAUAUAAAAAAAUCACCCUUCAGGACAGUGCCAUGUUUGGCAAUUACUUCUUUGCAAUUAAUGCAGCACCAACUAGUUGGAUAAGCUAAUUAUUAUUAUAGUUAGUAGUAUUUUAAUUUAGUUAAUUUUUAUUGUGUAAAAUUGUGGGGAAAAAAAUGUAUUUUAGUUCAUGCUACCAGGAAGGAAUCUAACAUGCACUAUGGAAGGAAUCGGUAUCUGAUCGCUAGGGGUGACGAUAAUGUACAAUUAAUCAACAGGUUAUACUGAUUAAUAUAACUCAUAUAUCAGUGAUGAAGUUAGUAAGAUUUGAUUACGAUAUUUGAAUAAAUAACUGAGUAUAUAUUAGACUAUUCUACAUAUCGUAGUUUAAAUAAUUAGUCUCAUCGAUUUUGAUCCCGUUUGAUUACCAUCAAAUUUAUAUCAUAUAGAUUAUAGUGCCAAGCUAGUGAUCAAUCAUUCCAUUUCCACAGGCUAAAGCAAACAGACCGUACGUGCUUAUUUCCUCUAAAACUUUCACCCCAUUUUGGACUGCUAGCUGUUCCCCAAGACUUUCAAUCCCAAAAAAUUGUGGCAUAUCAAAAUGGGCAAUGACUCGUUCCUUUAGGACUAAGUCACUCGUGUUAAUGUAGAAGCAAUCAAAUUUAUAUUCAAUUCAACUAAUAAUUACAGUUGUUUUGUUGAAUUGUCAACAAAGGGGAAAAAAAAAGUUUAUCUCGUAGGAAGAAGAAAAAAAAAAAGUGGCUUUGUUGGUAGCACAGGUCAAAUCUUACUUUGUAAACAAGGUAUCAAUAAUCUCGUAGUGUUAAUGUAACCCAAGUGGUUGUUAGAACAGAUUUUAAAUAAAAUAUCGUUUUCAAAUCAGGAUCGAUCAAUUUUCGAUACAAUACCAAGCAAAGCAGACAAAGCUCCCGUACGCAUGACAAUGGAGCUAGCGCAUGUUCAAACUACUGGAAGUCGAACGAUUUCCAAUUUUCUAUAACACUUGCUUAUCGAAUCGUUCUUAACAAUUACUGCGGUCCCAUCAACCGAUGUAUAGUGUGCUUAUAAUAUUGUAAUAUUUGCUUAGCAUAUGCAAGGUUUCUGCAAUCCCACUGACGGAUAUGCAAUGUGCUUAUAUAAUAUAUAUAUAUAGGUGAGUUAUUGCCGUAAUAUAAGUACGGUUGCUAUAUCAACUCAGCGGCCGACUGCAUCAGUAAAAUGGGCCGGCGAUAAUGGAAAAAUACACAUUAAUAAAUAAAAGUCACCUUAUCGCCGGCCGGUCGGCAGGCCAAUUGUCCAAAGCUAGAGAGAGAGAGAGAGAGAGAGAGAGUGACGAUCCAGCAGCAUCUAAGUAAGGAGGCCAGAGACAGAAGAGACAUGCACACGUAGUACUAUGGCCUAUUCUGUGUUGUCAAUACAUAAUAAAUUAAUAAUAUAUCCAGUUUUCACAAAAUAAAAUAUUAUAUUAUAUAUCCAGUUCAUCAUCAUAUGAUCAACUAGACAAACAAACAAACAAUAUCCAUUAUAUUAUUUCUCAAUAAUCGUACUACCAGAGCCAGACUGAUAGUCAAUUCUGAAUAUAUAUACAAUAAUGUAUAGUUAUUUAAAAUAAAAUAAAAAUAUUAGCGAUCAUAAGUAUUUGUCACAACUACAAGAAUACGAGUAAGAAAAAUAUCAAUUUCGUCUGCAUGACUUGAAAUUAACUUGAUCUUCUGAACGAGAAUGAUACGACCUUUUAGAAGUGAAAAAAUGAUAAUGUAUUCAGAUAAUCGAAAUGAUGAUGACCCCAUAUAGAAUCGACAAGUAUAUUCAUAUGUCAAUUUUAACCUCACUUAAUAAAUCAAGAAACGAACAUGAUGUGGCAAAUAACACAUAACAAUAACAUAACAUUCAUACAUCUACCAUAUCAUUAUACUAAGGGGUCGUUUGGAAGUUGCGAUUGUUUUGUUGAGAUUGUCAUUAUGCAUGUAUUGUUUACAAUGUAUCAUUUUUUUUGUUUUUUUAGUAUAAACAAUACAUGGAUUGUUUCUAUGAUGUGACAGAAACUAUCACUCAUUUUGAGUGAUUGUUAUAUCUCAACUUUUAGUUGUGAUUGUUGAGAUAGUUGAGUUGAGAUUGUUUUGUCUCAGCUUUUAGCUGAUGCGACAUACACAAUCACACAUACCAAACGUUGUAUUCUACAAUGCAUCAAAUUCGACAAUACAUGUAUAAUAUUAUACGUGCAUUCUCAACAAUACAUCUAUUUAACAAUCGCAACUUCCAAACGACUCCUAAAUCUCUCCAUUUCGAUAUUCAUAUAAUAUUAAAAGGAAGAAAAGUGG